AUGAACUUCGAACUGCCGAAGAGGUUCACUCUGCCACUGACCCUCACGCCUUAUGACGGACUCGGAGACCCGAAGAAGUUUCUAAAGAAAUUCCGAUCAAUAAUGAUCGUCAAUGGUGCAUCAGAUACAGUUUUAUGUCGUUGUUUUCCAAAUUAUUUAGAUGGCCCUGCACUUGAUUGGUUGUGUGCUUUGCCUGCAGGUUCCAUUUCACAGUUUCAGCAGUUGGUGAAGUUAUUUGAAGAACAUUUCGCCAGAUCUGCAAUAUACUUGCACGAUUCCGAUUACUUGAAUACUAUCAAGCAAGGACCGAACGAAAGCUUAAAGGACUACAUGACCCGCUUCACCAAGGUCGCAAUCAGUAUACCAGACCUCCACCCCGAGGUCCAUCUACACACAAUUAAAAGCGGCCUUCGACCCGGAAAGUUCCAGGAGACAAUCGCGGUAGCCAAGCCGAAGACUCUAGCAGAAUUUCGCGAGAAGGCAAAGGGACAAAUUGAUAUCGAGGAGCUCAGACAAGCUCGGAAGUCUGACAAGUCACAUUUUCGAGAAGAUGAUAAGAGCUCAACCCCUAAGAAGAGUUUUAAACUAACACCUCGAUUUGAUUCUUAUACGCAGUUUAACACUAAGAGAGAAGACAUAAUCAAAGAGAUCUUGAAUUCAAAACUGAUCAAGCCACCAAGAAAAGCCGGUACUUACCAAGAUGCAAAGAACGUUGACAAGUCGAAGUAUUGCACCUUCCACCAAAAACACGGUCACAAUACUGAUGACUGCGUGGUCGCCAAAGACCUUUUAGAGCGACUGGCAAGACAAGGACACCUCGACAAAUACAUCGGGGGUCACAUACAAAAGCGCGGAUCUAGCUCCACAACAACCGACCUCUCUGAACAAAACCAAGGAAAAGAGAAGGCAUCUCCAUGA